AUGCAAAUUCUAACAUAAGAGAUGGUAAUUUCAAAUUAUUUAUAUUUUAGAAUGGCAAGAUUAUAUAAUAAUGUUAAUUUCUAUACUUGUGGAGCGAUUCAAUAUUUUGGGUAACCUAUUUAUAUUGGAUAUUCGAUUUAUAUUACCAGAAUAUUUUUAGAUCUAGAACCUCAUUCUCAUAUAAUUGUGGAUGCAUAAUUUCUUACGUAAUUAUAUUCUUUAUUACAAAAGUAUUGAUAACAAAAUUAAUGUAAAUAGCAAUUAAAUUGUGGAGAUGGAUUGCUUUAGGAAGAAGAGGAUUGUGAUGAUGGAAAUUAUUAAGCAGCGGAUGGAUGCAAGGAUUGCAGAAUUGAAUAAAAUUGGAUAUGCACUACAAGAGAUUCUCUAAGCUUAUGCACAUUUGUCAAAGCUCCAAACUUAGUAAUUAAUUAUCUCAAUAUGACUUAAAAUAAAUAGUAUAUCAGCAUCUAAUUUAAUUAAAAAGUAAAAAUCUAUACAGCUUAGCCCUUAUCAGAAACCAUAAAUUUUGAAAUAUCAAAUAUAGAUAAGAAGAACUGGAAUAGCAGCUUAUAUAUUAUAUAGGAUGUCGGAUCAGAUGUAAGUUUUGGAGAAUUUAUUUUUUAAAUAGAAAUAUAAUAAUUACUUGAAUUUAGGCCAGUUUUGAAAAUUAAAGUAAAUUAGACUGUUGCUAAUAUAGAUGAUGCUAUUUUGGAUAAUGUUGAAAAAUCAAUAACAUUGCAAUAUCCAAAAUUUCUUGAUGAAACACAGAAAGACUAUUCUUAAAAUUUGAAAAAUCUUAAUAAAUAUAUAAUUUAUUGUUUGUCUGGAGCUACUGGUUUAAGUCUACUAUUAGGAAAUGGGGAUUUGUUUGUUGAACUUUUGGCAAUUCUUUAAUUCUAGCAAUACUUAAGAUAUAUUAACCUGUAAUAUCCACAAAAUAUAGAGAUUUAUUUUACUUUUAAUGAUAUGAUAACUAUUCAACCUCUACUGGAUUUUAUCUAUUUUCCUAAACUUUUAAAGUUUAUUGAUAUAUAGUAAAAUUAAGAUUAUUCUGAUGGAAAAUUUAAUG